AUGGUUGCGCCAUCUGCCACUCUUUCCACCCUCAAUCGCGCCGAUGGGUCGGCUUCUUAUCAAUGCCCUUCGACCGGGUCCAACAUCCUAGGCUCCGUCAACGCACCCGUCGAGCUCCCCGGUCGCCGUGACGCCCUCAAACCCGAAGAUGCGACCAUCGAAGUUUUUGUCAAACCGGGCACUGCUCCGGCGGGGGUCGGAGAACGCUACGUGGAGGGCAUCAUCAAGACCCUCCUGGGACGAGUGAUCCUGGGCCGCGAGAAAGGCUAUCCUCGUCGCGGGGUGGUCAUCACCCUGGCUGUAAUUGGUGGUGAAAGUGUCGGCAGAGGCGAUCCGUAUCUGGUUCUGCUCCCCGCGCUUCUCCAUACGGCACUUCUGGCUCUCUUAUCAGCCUCCGUCCCUUUGUCCAUGACCUUCUCUGCCACUGUUCUCGCUGUCGACGCUUCGGGUCAGAUCCGCCGGGAACCUUCCGCGGAGGAUGCCGCCACCGCGCAGUCCGUUCACGUCCUCGCAUUCUCCUCCAAGGGCCAUUUGCUGCUCAAUGAGAGCCAAGGAUCCUUUGACUUUGACACAUGGGAGAAGGUGCGUCAACGCGCCUCGGCCAUCUGUCAUGGAACGCAGCUUGUCAGCGCCGACGGCGAUGUUGCGAUGGUGGAGGACGUCGAUGGCCGGCCUCUGGAGGGGACUUUGCGGGAGACCGUUGAGGACCAGGUGUACCGUGACUACAAUUGGAAGAUCAACGCUGCCUGA